AUGAACGACACUGUAACUAUCCGGACCAGGAAGUUCAUGACCAUCCGACUGCUUCAGGGGAAACAGAUGAUCAUUGCUGUUCUUCACCCCUGGAAGGCAAUAGUACCUAAGCAAGAAAUUCGGGAAAAACCAGCCGAAACGUACAAGACCACACCAGAUGUCAUAUUUGGAUUUGGAUUCAGAACCCAUUAUGCUGGUGGCAAGAUAAAUGACUUUGGCAUGACUUAUGAUUCCUUGGAUUAUGCAAAGAAAAAUGAACCCAAACGUAGACUUGCAAGACAUGGCCUGUAUAAGAAGAAAAAGACUUCAAGAAAACCGCAAAGAACGCAGUAA